AUGGCGUCCAGAAGUGACUCCGCGGGGUCUCUCCGCCCGCGAGCCCGUCGCUCUCUUGCUCAUAUCCCGCGGUCGAGAUUGACCUCCACCCUCGACCAAGAAAAUGCGACGACGGAUAUCAGCUCCUCUCAACCGCUUGAUGGACGCCCCAAACCCAUGGCUAGAGACAAAAAGUCUCGUAGCAAAAGCUUAGGCCCUGGUGGUCUAGAUGCGCUUCAGGACUCCAACGGCAAUCGCCGCAAGUCCACAGCAGCCUUUCCCUUGAAGUCCAUUCUCAAACCAACAGUUCCCGUCUCGCCCGUGCGCACUAUUCCUACAUUUGAAGAAACUCGCAAACGGACGCCGGCCCGUGAAUCGCAGCCGAGUGUCAGCAAUGAAACCAAUACCCAGAGCAAUGAAGGCCUCCUAAUCGACCUUGAUACUCCCGCGCCCGCUUCGAAUAUUUCCGAAGACCGAUCCAAUCCUUUCGACAGCUUCAACGCUACAUCGAUUCGGGAUGAGAUGGCCGCCGCAAGGGAAAAGGAAGAAAAGGAGCAGCGGGAGCGGGAGCGGAAGAUGAUCCUUGAGAAGAGGGAGGCACGUCGGAAGUCAAUGGCAAAUCGCCGGGUCUCAUUCGCCCCCGAAGCCACAUUGCACACUUGGAACGUGGUAGAAAUACCCGACGACUCGACUUCAUCAUCUGCUGCGAACUCGACACGGCGCGCUUCAUCAAUAGCCGGAGCUGAAAACCAGACCCCUGCUCCCCAAGCCGAACAAGCCGAACAAGCCGAACCGCGAUCCUCUCCCGACCCAUACGCAGAGUCAGAUGCCGGCUUCUCGCCCGUGCAGUAUCCAGAUCUGCAGCAACUCCAAAGCCAGUCAACUAACGGAAGCUACGAUGAAAUGGGGUCCUCGCAGGAGAUGUUCUCAAGCCCCUUCAGCGGAAGUUCAGCCGACGGGACUGAAGAUCUUGGACUACAGAGAGAGGACGACGACGAUGACGACAAUUCAUCGACUUCUGGAUUCGACGGAGAAAGCACCGCAAUGUGCUUGGAUGACAUGUCAGCUCAGUCUCCAGCCUCAGUUCAUUCUGAUGGUUCCGAUGCCACCACUGGCAGUGCUCGCUUGAACGAAGCUUUGCGGCAAGCGGCUAGAGAAGCUGGAACUCGUGACUUUGAGGACGAUGACGGAGACAUGUCUAUGGAAAUCGCAGAUCAGGAGAUUACAGGUGCUUUCCAGCCUUGGAUCAAGAAGGGCCAACGUGAGAGUUUCGAUUGGGCAGAUAUCAGCGCCCGGUAUGAUCAAGAGAAUGCUCCGCCUUCUGAACCCAUGCUCGAUGCUCCUCCGACUGCAGAUGACAAGGAUGAUGCUAUGGACGAGGAUCUUAGUAUGGAGGUCACCAAUGCAAUUGGCCGAAUUCUCCCCAAUCAAGCGAGUCGACGCAGGAGUGAAGUGCGCCGCAAGUCUCUUAGCGAGGAGACUAACUAUGAAGAACAGACCAUGGAAUUCACUAAUGUCGUGGGAGGUAUUGCACAGCCUGUUUCUCCUGCGAAGUCCAUAGGGGCGGAAAGUAGAAACGGAGAUGAAGAGAUGACUAUGGAAUUCACAUCCGUUGUCGGAGGCCUUUUGAACAGUCUUGGCGUCGCCAACAAUGCAGAUGAGAACGACUAUGAUGAUCAACAAGAAGCCUUCACUUCAGGUGAAAACGACCGUGUCUUGUCUGAAUGGGAGAAUGGGAAUGACAUGGAUGAUGAUAUGGAUAUGGAGAUUACUGGAGCUAUCGGUGGCAUUAUCCCUGGUACUCAGGAGAGCAUUGCAGCCGAAGAUGACGACCAAACUGCAGGCAUGGAUAUGACUGCUGCUGUUGGAAAGAUUCUAGAACCAGAGCCAGAACAAGAACAGAAACAAGAACCCCCGGAACCGGAUGAAGACCGAGUGACCCCGGAACCCAAGCCGGCUCAACUGGGUAGUUCGCCAUUUCAAGAGACCUCGCAAGACGAAUCUUCUUCCAAAUCACCCGUCUCGUUUCAUGUUGCAGCUGUGGCAUCAGAAAGUGGAAGCCCUAGCUUGGCAAGUGUACGGGUCCGACGAACGAGGCAAAGCUUGACCCAUCCGGCGCCCACUACACCCACUCCACAAACCCCACAGGUAUCUCCACCGGAGGAUAUGGUCUCUCCUCCCAGUCCAUUCACGCCAACAGUCAAUGCACCCUCGAACACAAAAACAACGACCCCUUCCAGAGAUGCAGGUACAGAAAAUGCAUCACCACAGAAGCGGUCCCAGCCAGAAGUACAGGAAUCCGCAAGUAAUACAUCCCCCAGGCGCAAGAGUCUGUUUGGGGAGAGCGUCAAUGGAAGACCGGCUCCUCUUUUUGUCUUGCAACCCCAUGGGAAGAGGCGGUCCUCUGGUCUGGGUAUUGACAAAGAGGGGCUUGGAUCGCCUCGAGUCGCUGCUAUGCUGGAUAAGCGCCGGUCUAUCGGUGAAGAAGCACCCGAGUUUGUUCCACAGGAGCAGUCAAAGCAGGGUGUACGCUUCGAAGAUCCCGUGAAGCUUCAGGAGGAGGUAGAUCGUGAACGCGAAGAGGAGGUGAACAGAGAAGAUGGCUUCAUCUCGCCUCCAAAACUGAACGACAGGGAUCCCACCGCAAGCUUGAAGGAUAUGAUUUCGAGCUUGACACCCAAGAAGAAUAAGCUUCGUGGUAGAAAGAGCUUGCAUGUCGGGGCCGCCCGUGGCCUGCUGGGUAAAAGACCAGUCGAGUUGGAUUUGGACGACGACGCGGAUUCUGAUCACACGCCAAAGCGCCUACGAGGCCGCGAGACUAGCAGCCCAGUGAAGAAGUUCAAGCUCCCAGCUCAUUCGACCAGCAGUGACACUUUUGGACGUGGAUUCCAGUCUCCGCUUAAGACCAUCGGUGCACAAUCUCCCCUCAAAUCUAUGUCAACGCCAACACAGACCUCUAAAACUAUCAGUGCUACGACGAGUCCUGUCAAAGAUAACUCAGACACAGCAUCCAAUACAGAAUCAACUGAAGUGCAAGAUGCGCCUAUAGAAGAUGCUGGCCCGGAGGUCGAGCCUAUACAGUUGCAGGAAUUCCUCAACAUGACCAACAUCCACUUCAUGGAACUCACAACCACGAAAAGAAGGCAUACUACUGCCCCAGACAGCGGUCGGAAACGAAAUCUUCGACUUUCUAGCGAGAACGAGGCUAGAAGUCCCGCGAGCUUCGAAGAGUGCGUGGCUGCUGGCUUCUGCACCGUGCCUAUGCUUGAGUUGUUUCAGCAUUCUUGUCGAGAGUUGAAGUCGUAUAUAAAUGAAGGCAGACAGGUGAUCCGGUCUAUUGAGACCGAGACUCUUGCCGAUAAUCCGCCACUGUUCCGCGAAUAUAUGACCGCUCCAGCGGACAUCCGCUUGCUGAUGGACAAUCAAUUCAGAAAUGUUAAGACUCAUGCUCGCCUACUCAGUAAGGCUACAUGGUAUGAGUGGCGCAUGAAACUGCUGGAGGGACUUCGGGAUGGCCUCAACCGUCACGUGCAAGAAAUGAAAGCAGACGAUGAACUCCUUGCUAAGCACGAGACCCUUCUGAGCGAUACAGUACCCGCUCUCAUCGAGAAACACUCUUCUCUUGAGGCGGAAGCCACGACACUGCAGCAACUAGCAGACGAGCUUGAGAACUGUGACCAAGAUGAGCUGCGUAGCACGCGGGAAAAGCUUGCGGGCGUCGAGGACGAGAUCGCGCAGAAAAAGAAGCUCCUACAGGAGAUGCAGGCCGAACUCGAGGAUAAGACUAAUAUCGUCGAAACCGGCACCGAGGUCAAGGCCGAGUACAUGGCUCAGAUCCAGGAAGCCGAACGAGUCAAGGCGCAAUGUCGCGGCUGGAGCGCGCAAGAGAUCAGCGAACUGAAAGAUUCAGUCCGCAACAUCGAGCGUCAAAGCGGUUGGAGCAUCGUGUCUGCCACCGCAUCGGACGGUUCCACCCCAGCCGGCCCAGCAGUGACCAUGUCCUACCGACACCAGCUGCAACUCACCUUCCACCCUGCGUGCUUCCUCAUCAGCAACAACAGUACCUCCACCACUCCCAACGACCAGGUCACCAACACACCUAUCACGCUCAAAUACGCUCCCACUACCACCAUCACGACGAAACCCACCCCUACCACCACUCCACACCUAUCCGCCAUCACCCUCCUGGUCCUGAAAUCCCUCCAAACCCAUCUCAACUCCAUCCCGCAAUCCCGCACCGCUCCCAAACACCUCCUCCACUUCAUCGCUCAAGCAUGGGACCUGACCCUCCAGCUCGAAGAAGAAGCCCGCCUCCUCGAAUUUUGCGGCGUUACCAAGCUCAAACUCCUCGAGGGCAACGACUCCGCCAGCGCCAAAAAAUGUUCUACUCCUUCCCUCCGUGCGCGCUGCACCCUCCUCGGUCCCGCACCGCCCCCUUCAGCCCCCUCUUCGGCAAACUGCCGUAUCGACGUCGACUUCGCCGUCCGCACUCGCAUCAUCUCUUCUCCACAGGACAGUGCGGCCGCAGGGGCACUCGGGCAGCUGGAUCUCCAGACCGACGUCCUCGCCAGCAAGGUGUACGGAUUCACUGCUCAGAGCUCGGGCAUAUCCGAGACGGAGAUGCGCAGUAUCCUGAACAAAGGUCUAUCCGGGUCCGGGACCUCGGCCGAGGGCAAGAUGCAGCUCGGUCGUGGAGUCUGGAGGACGGCGGUGCGCAAAUUGACCGGCACGGUGUUUUGA